AUGAAUCAAUGUCAACAGCCCUGUUCCUCUUCUUCAUUAUAUUCUACAAUUCCAACACCUAACGACUAUCAACAUCAUUUUCGUGUUUAUGUCGAUCCAGAAACUUAUUUCCAAAACAACCCAACUAUUAACAGUCCAGUCUCCUCCCCUUCCAUAGGACAAGGCUCUCCAGCAAGUGUAUUAGGCCAUCAGUUAGAUAGACUCGAAAUAGAUUUUAAUGGAGGAUUUUUACAAAAUGAGCAACAAAUCCAAAAUACUCCUCAUACAAAUAAUUUAAAACAUCAAGAAGAAAUUUAUAGAGAAAUUGUAAGUGAAUGUAGAGCUUUUGAACAACAGCAACAGCCUAAUGAUAGGGGAGAGACUGAGAUGAGGCUGAUUAAUGAUGCUUCUUGUGAUAUUGAUGAGGUGAGAGAUUAA